AUGACAACACUAGUUCUACCACAGUUUCCAGAAACAAAAAUUUUGAUAGCCCAAUACCAGAAUGUCAAGAACGCUAGGACAAUAAGAGAGGAACUGAUAAAGGGAAAUUUGCAGUUUAAUUAUGCCUUCAUAAAUGCUGAAACUGUCGCCUCAGAGACGCAUCUAAACAGUGCCAUCUAUAGGACACUGAUCAACCACAAAAACAAGACUAUGAAGGCAAAAACCUUACAUUCUGAGUUGAUAUUCAACCUUUCCCCGUUUAAAAACAUAAUGGAUGCCUUCAAGAAGUUUGGUAUUGCUGAUGAGUGUAGUAACAUCAUCGUUGUGCGUAUUUCUGGCGAUGGGGAAACAGAACCAGAGAUCGGCAAUCUUGAUUCCGUGGUUGAAGGAGAAAGAACCGAAGAACCGAUUGGACUCCACUGUAGUACAGCACUGGUCAAGAAAAUCUUUAAGCUGAAUGGUUUGCGGGACGAUUUGGACUUGUCUACGUUGAUCAGUGGGUCAAUCCAAUUAAGGUAG